UGUUAGUCCUCUCAUUGGGCUGCCCGUAUUUUUUCAAAUGAAACAAUCUACAAAAUACGUGCUACUUUUGUGCAAAAAUUGACAUUGAAAAUGAAUUGCAAAAUUGAAUCGGGUGUCCAGCUGUUUUCUCGAGUUACAUCCAAAUCAUCAUUGGAAACAAUCAACAGAAAACUAUUUCCAGAAGGACUGCCAACUAAUUCUUACAUAGAAAUAACAGGACCAGAUAUAAACCAGAAAUAUCAAUUACUGCUUGAUUUUCUAGUUCGAUGUAUUUUGCCAUCAGCCUAUUGUGAAGAGUGGAUGGACUGUGCAGUGAUUUUUAUUAACACUGAUCAGCAGAUUGGAAUGUUUGAUAUUUUAAAUAGCAUAGAUGGACAUUUGAAGAAAAAGAGUGUUAAAACCUCUAGUCAGAUUGUUGCAAAAGCUUUAAAAAAUAUUACACUUGUUAGUUGUUUCAACUGUGAUGAAUUUGAGCUUACUCUUUGUAAUCUGGAAAGAAUUGUAAAUAGCUGUGAUAAUCAUGAUCUAGUUCUAAUAGAUAAUAUUGCUCCUUUUUAUUGGAAUAAACGAUUUAGCUCUGACAAGCUAAGUUUGUAUUCUGUUGCAUUAGACAAUUUUGAGAUUGUGUAUAACGUAACGAAAAGUUUAAAUUUAGAUCUUAUAUUUAUUAGGAAUGAGACUGUUCAAAGCAAAAAGAAAUUUUCUUCAAAAAUUGAUUACAAAAUAUAUGUAGACAUAGAAAGUGGAAAUAAUUUUAAAGCAAUUGUAACAAACUAUGUAAAGGGAAAUGAACAAGAUGUAACUUAUAAAUAUGAAAAUAUUUUAAUAUUUUAAAAACUUUAAAUUUAAAUAAACAAAUUCAAUAUUUUUAUGGUAUGUGAGGAAAGUAAAAAACACAAAAUUUAAGUCCUGACUGUUUAUUAAUAUACAUAAACUUUUGGCAUGAGUAAAUCACUACAAGUUGGCAUUAAUCAAAUGAAUAAUGAAUUCUCAUAAUAAUAUAAUGUUUCUUGUAUAUAUAAUUGAAAUAUAUAUUUUGGAAG